UAGUAUUGUGACGAAUAUUGAAUAAUGAAAGUUUUUUUAUAUUUUUUAAUUGCUUUUAUUGCCAAUAAAGAAAUUGUAAAAAUAGUGGAGGCAAUAAGUUAUGACAAAAAGAAUGUUGUUAUCAUAAUGAGUGAUGAUAUGGGAUUUCAUGAUGUAAGCUAUAGGGGAAGUAACGAGAUUCCAACUUACAAUAUAGAUUCAUUAGCUUAUAAUGGAAUAAUCUUAGAUAGGUUUUAUACCUCACCAAUGUGUACGCCAAGCAGAAGCGCUUUACUUACUGGAAAAUAUCCUCAUCACAAUGGCAUGCAAAACUAUGUAAUCGUCAGUGAUGAGCCUUGGGGAUUGCCACUUGAUGAAAAAUUAAUGCCCGAGUACUUUCAAGAUGCUGGCUAUGAAACACAUUUGAUAGGAAAAUGGCAUUUGGGAUUUUAUAAAGAAGAAUAUAGUCCUGUAAAUCGAGGUUUCGAUACCUUUUACGGUUAUCUUGGACCUUAUGUUGACUAUUGGGACUAUACAUUAAAAAUGUUUUCAAGAAAUUAUUCUCGUGGUUAUGACAUGCGAAGAAAUUCUGAAAUCGAUAGAACAUACAAAAAUGUGUAUGCUACAGAUGUACUGACAAAAGAAGCCAUAAGAGUAAUUGAAAAUCAUGAUAAUGAAAAACCAUUGUUUUUGCUUUUAAGUCAUCUCGCUCCACACACUGCAAAUGAUGACAAACCUAUGCAAGCAAAAGAAGAAAUUAUUGAAAAAUUUUCUUACAUUGAGAAUGAAGAACGUCGAAUUUUGGCAGCAAUGAUGCAUUCAUUAGACGAAAGCGUUGGAGACAUAAUUGAGGCUCUAUAUAAUUCAAAUUUAUUGAAUGAUACAAUUGUUGUAUUCUUCUCAGAUAAUGGAGGUCCAUCCGUUAAUUUACACAGCACAAAAGCUUCUAAUUAUCCAUUUCGUGGUCAAAAAGGUUCAGGAUGGGAUGGUGCUAUAAGAACAGGUGCAAUUAUUUAUGCACCAUUUUUACCGUCUGGCAUAAUAAGAAGGAAGUUUUUCUACAUUGGAGAUCUUCUCCCUACUCUUUUAAACUUAGCUAAUACAAACAUUCAGAUUAAUAAAAAAAUCGAUGGACUAGAUCUUUCGAAUAUGAUUCUUUACAAUAAGGCACCAUUUCGAAAUGAAAUUAUUACAAUCGAUGAUAUAUUUGGAUAUAGCUCAUUCAUAUUCAAUGGCUUUAAACUAGUAAAUGGAUCUUCUUCAGAAGGUUUCGACGAUGGAUGGCUAGGAUCGAAUAAUAAUAGUGACAUUAACUCAUCACAAUACAUAAGUGAAAUUUUAAGAUCUAAAGUUUCAAAAUAUCUUGAAAUUUUUAAGCAUCCAUUGCAGCCUGAUAAUAUUAGAGAAAUCAGAAAACGUGCAACCGUUCAGUGUUCAGGAAUCCAUAAUAAUUGUAACUUGUUAAACGGACCAUGCUUGUAUGAUAUUAUUCAUGACCCUUGUGAGGAAAGAAAUCUGGCAACACCAGAAAAUGUAUUUAUGAAAAUUAUGCAAGAAAUUUUCAUCACCGAAUUGCAACAUUUAAUUCCAUCACAUAGAAAACCUCCUGAUAGCAAAUGCGAUCCAAUAAAUUUUAAUUAUACUUGGAGUUGGUGGCUCUGAUACUUUAUAAAAUAUGAAUUCAAAAAUAACGUGAACAAUAAAUUCUCUGAAGUUGAAGAGUAAAAUUG